GUGCAUAUAAUCCCACAAUAUAACGUGUCUGUGUCUGUCUGUGUGUAGACAUUUUCCCAGACAGCACAGCAGUUCAGGCUGAGAUCCUUAACCAGCACAAUGCCUUCCGGAGAGCGGUUACGCCAACUGCUAGAGACAUGCUCAAGAUGAGCUGGAGCGAGGAGGCAGCGGCCAGUGUUCAGGCUUGGGUUAACACCUGCUCCAUGGCUCAUGGGCCACCCAGCAGUCGCAUGCUUGGCAACUACGAAAUGGGUGAGAACCUGUUCAUGGCCGCCACUUCUAAGGAUUGGACUGAAAUAGUUACAGCCUGGCACAGUGAGGUCAUAGAUUACUCCUAUCCCAAUGGAUCUAUCAAUGGUAAAUCCAUCGGCCACUACACACAGGUGGUUUGGAACAGUUCAUACAAGGUUGGCUGUGGUGUGGCCUUGUGUCCUGGCUCAGUCUACUUCUAUGGAUGCCAAUAUUACAGAGCGGGAAACUACAGAGGAGUGGCUCCAUACAAGGAAGGAGCUACGUGUGCUGACUGCCCCAACUCCUGCGAAAAUAAGCUUUGCACCAAUCCCUGUCCUUACAUAAACAAGUAUGUCAACUGUGCCGCCAUGAAAGAACAGGCCGGGUGCAGUAAUCCUUUGGUGUACGCCUGGUGUCCCGCCCUCUGCCUGUGCACCACCAAAAUCAUCCCAAUAGCAAAGAAGUGAAACCACCAGACCUCUUCAAAAUGGUCCACUGAAAGAUAACGUUGAAUCCUCUGUUGUUUCCUUGUCUAUGAGAAGAAGAAAAACAUAUACACCUGGUUGAUCUAUCUACUGUACUUCUGGUAAAGUCAGUUCAUUUGAAAAAUUCUAACUAUCACUAAUAAUAUAUUAAUUAUCACUGUAGGUCUAUGGUACAGAUAAAACAUUGUUCUUAUUCUAGGGGUAACAUAAGGUGUCUAACUUACAGUAGCUAAUGUUAGUUGGAAGCAAUUCAUUUUGUUCCCUUUCAUUGAUUUCAAUGUCUUCGUGCCCAUUUUACCAAAACAAAUCCAUAUUGAAUUUGCAAGUUGAAUGACAAUAUCCUGUACAUCUUGAGAAGCCAAUAUUUCCAUCAGUUACAGUAACAGUGGCCAUCAUUUAAUUUCUGCUAAUAAACUACACAGUAAUAUGGUUAUACAGAACUUUAAUACCACAACACAUUUAACUUUAAGUUGAUUCAGGGCAUUAUUUUAUGUUUGAUGAAAUGCAAGGAAUGCUGCUCAUAAUUUGCUCUAUCAACAUUAAAUGUUUGCAAUUAUGUAACCCUUAUUUUUUUCCUCAAUCACAUUAAAUUAUCAUGAAGAUUAA